AUGGCACACCUUGAAGCGCAGUGGACGCAACUCACAGCCAACCCACGCCUGCAACGAUCUUCGCAAUGUUUGUCAGUUAUUAGUUCCCAGGCUUACAUUUUCGGCGGCGAGUUGCUCCCGAGACAGCCCGUUUCGAAUGAAUUUGAUGUAGUUACACUCGACAAGAACAAUGAAGCUGCUGCUACAACAUUGCCCGUACCUCGUGGUCCGGCACCCAUCCCACGAGUUGGCUCCACUACGGCAACAAUAGACGGUGCCAUCUACAUGUUCUCCGGUCGGGGUGGUCUGGACAUGGCACCGAUUGAGGAGAAAGGUUCAUUGUGGCGAUACGAUCCGAUCGGAUCUCUGUGGGAGCUGGUCGAGCCUAGUGACCCGGCUGCUGCAUACCCGCCCGGCCGAAGCUACCACGCAAGCACAUCGGAUGGUGCCAAGAACAUCUUUAUCCACGCAGGGUGCCCCGAGAACGGCCGGCUAUCUGACCUAUGGUCUUUCAAUAUCCAAACCAAGACAUGGACGGAACUCGAGGCUGCUCCAUCACCACCUCGGGGCGGUACCUCGCUAGCUGCACAUGAGGGAAAGCUAUACCGCAUGAACGGCUUUGACGGCAAGACGGAGCAAGGCGGGGCGCUUGAUGUCUACGAUAUCGCCGCCCGCAGCUGGUCCACCAUCUCUUUCAGCCCUGAUGGCGUGCAGGGCCCAACUCCUCGCAGCGUCAGUGCCUUGUUGGUCGUUCGCAUCAAUGGGCGGGAACAUGUAGUGACGCUCUUUGGCGAAGGCGACCCCAGUGCACUUGGCCAUGCAGGUGCUGGAAAGAUGUUUGACGACGUAUGGGCAUUUGACCUAGUCUCCCAGAAAUGGUCCAAAGCCACUCCAACUGGUGCUCAGCUGCCAGCUGCCAGAGGUUGGUUUGACGCAGAUGUAAUGGGAGUGGACGCGGAUCAACAGUUUGUAAUUGUCCAUGGUGGGCUCGCAGAGGACAACACUCGGCUCGGAGAUGUUUGGAAGUUGAGUUUGCAAUUCAGGUAA